GCUCGACGGAAUCAACAGCGCAUUUGCUGCUAACAAAGAAGAAACCCUGGUCUUCCUUAGCAUAGACUAGCUGGGAGAAUUUGUUGCACAAUUUCCUCCGAAAGCGUAAUUUAUUUGUCAUAUCUCCUUUUAAAAUGAUUCUUACUGUGAAGCCGUUGCAGGGAAAGGAAUGCAGUGUACAAGUGACUGAAGAUGAGAAAGUUUCCACAGUGAAAGAGCUCGUGUCUGAACGACUCAACAUCCCGGCCAAUCAACAGCGGUUGCUUUAUAAAGGCAAAGCGCUAGCAGAUGAACACAGACUGAGUGACUACUCCAUUGGGCCAGAAGCCAAACUAAAUCUGGUGAUCCGACCUGUGGGAGAGAGGACCGGAGCUUCAGCGACGGCUAGCAGUAGCGGCAGCACAGCACGAGGGGGAGUGUGGCAGACCGUAUCCACGAUUCUUGCAAAACACUUCAGUCCUGCGGAUGCUGCUAAAGUCCACGAACAGCUGAUCAAGGAUUAUGAACGUUCACUACGACAACUCAGCUUGGACGACAUCGAGCGCUUGGCGGGCAGACUGCUUCACCCGGAGGUGGACGGCAUGGACACAUCGUACAUGGACUAAAGGGAAAAGCUAAUAUGAACGCUUGGACAUGCUUCAAAUACGAUGCGGAGAGCGCCGAGUGUGACUAAUCGACAAGCGAGUUGAAGACUUUUAUCCUCGGAAAGUGGCUCUAAUCUGUGUCAUUAACGCUUGUAUAAUGUCACGGGACAAAAUCACACAAUAUUUGAAGACAGAGGAAUCAUUCAUGAUGUUUGUCUCAUGUUUUACAGCUCCUGGGGAACACAACUUGUCUUAGACAAUAUUUAUUUGCAGUGUUUGGGUGAUGAGUGUUGUUCAGAGACAAGGCAGUACAUUUUCUCUUUGUUGAUAGUUAAUGCGUAUUGAUUGAAUUGUAAAUAUUCUGUUUAUAUUGGGAUAUUAAAAAUGAGAUAAAACUUG